GUAGUGGUGUGUAGUGGUGUGUAUUGGUCAGUAUGUAGUGGUUAGUAUGUAGUGGUGUGUAUUGGUCAGUAUGUAGUGGUGUGUAUCGGUCAGUAGUCUUGUUGUUGAGACUCAUCGUGUGUUUUUACAGGAACGCCACCAUAGAUACCUGAGCCUCAGCCCCUGGGACAAGGUUACCCUCAGCCUGGGUCGUAGCAUUCUCUCCAACAAGAUGACCAGAACCAUUACAUUCUUCUACACCCUCUUCCUGCAUUGCCUGGUCUUCCUGGUGCUUUAUGAGACUGCCUGGAGUGAGAGCAUCGGUCGAGACUGCUCUGCCUUCUGUGCUAAGAAGUACUCGGAUCACCUGCAUCGUUUUCAUGAGAACGGGGACAACCUGUGACGCUUUCAAGACAACUGGUGGGGGGGGGGGACUAGGUCAGUUCAUGACGUCAGUGAUCUUCAGGUCAGAAAUUCGGAGUUCUAGAAAGAUGCCAGAAUUCCCGACUAGGAAUUCUGAGUUGGGUGGACCGUUCAACACUAUUUUCCAAGUCUGAGUUUUUUCCCCGAGUUGGUUUGACAGGAAGAACAGCUUUAUUUUUUGCAGUAGCUGCUUUUAACCACUAGGGGGUAGGCUUGCUCUCUUCUUCGUGGGGGGGGGGGGGGAUCUAAGUGGAUGUGGUUUACGUGCAAACCCGUAAUAUUACAUUUUCAAAUCUUUGCAUUAACCGUGAACUUAAACAAGACCAAUGUGAUUUUGGCCAGUCGAGCUGUCAAUGGGAUGCUGGUCAGAAAAGUCGCCUUAGGUCUUUAUUCUGUUCUAGCCUGUAAUCUCCUAUUACUGAUAUGAACUGUAAUCUCCUAUACUGAUAUGAACUGUAAUCUCCUAUACUGAUAUGAACUGUAAUCUCCUAUACUGAUAUGAACUGUAAUCUCCUAUACUGAUAUGAACUGUAAUCUCCUAUGCUGAUAUUAACUGUAAUCUCCUGUGCUGAUAUUAACUGUAAUCUCCUAUGCUGAUAUUAACUGUAAUCUCCUAUACUGAUAUUAACUGUAAUCUCUUAUGCUGAUAUUAACUGUAGUCUCCUAUGCUGAUAUUAACUGUAGUCUCCUGUACUGAUAUUAACUGUAAUCUCCUAUGCUGAUAUUAACUGUAAUCUCCUAUGCUGAUAUUAACUGUAAUCUCCUAUACUGAUAUGAACUGUAAUCUCCUAUACUGAUAUGAACUGUAAUCUCCUAUACUGAUAUGAACUGUAAUGUCCUAUACUGAUAUGAACUGUAAUGUCCUAUGCUGAUAUUAACUGUAAUCUCUUAUGCUGAUAUUAACUGUAGUCUCCUGUACUGAUAUUAACUGUAGUCUCCUGUACUGAUAUUAAUUUUGAUGAAUGAAGUAUUGAUUGACGAGGGGUUUGUUAUCAUUCGGUACGGCUGUGUUAGGGUGUUGGGAAUACUGUGAAGUAUUGAUUGACGAGGGGUUUGUUAUCAUUCGGUACGGCUGUGUUAGGGUGUUGGGAAUACUGUGAAAGCGCAUGUAUAUUUGUUAAGGGAUUAAAUAUUACGAGACAAUUUAAGAGAUGUUGAUUAAAGAUUAAGUUAUUUUUCCUUGGCUUUUAGAUUUCCCUCAUUGAGAGUACAUCCGUUGAGGAAAAUGUCGAAGAAUUAUCACAGCACCUGUAAUUGCUAGAAAUAUCUGAAUUUCAUUGAAUUGCCAAUAUGAUUUAGCUUGUAUCUUAUGUUGAAGUGUAUCUGUUUCGUGACAUGUUGUUUUCUUAGUUGGGGUGGCCGGACAGGGACGUUGUUUCCAGUCAGAUGAAUAGGGGUGAUGUGGUUGUGUUGAGGGGUCUUUGGUUCCUAGCUUGAUGGAUUUGGACAGAGGACAACAGACAGGUCAUGAUUUCUGUUACAGUAGUUCACAUGAAUGGUUACUGAAUCUCAUGUGGUUGAUUAUGUUGAACGAUUCCUUUAUCCUGACCUCCUCUCACUACUUGCUGUUAGGACCAUAUACUAACUACAGCCGCCCGCCAUAUCACUGUCACAUCUAUUCUCCCUCCAUGUCACUGUCACAUCUAUUCUCCCUCCAUAUCACUGUCACAUCUAUUCUCCCUCCAUAUCACUGUCACAUCUAUUCUCCCUCCAUGUCACUGUCACAUCUAUUCUCCCUCCAUAUCACUGUCACAUCUAUUCUCCCUCCAUAUCACUGUCACAUCUAUUCUCUCUCCAUGUCACUGUCACAUCUAUUCUCCCUCCAUGUCAUUGUCUCAUCUGUUCUCCCUCCAUGUCACUGUCUCAUCUGUUCUCCCUCCAUAUCACUGUCACAUCUAUUCUCCCUCCAUGUCACUGUCACAUCUAUUCUCCCUCCAUGUCACUGUCACAUCUAUUCUCCCUCCAUGUCACUGUCUCAUCUAUUCUCCCUCCAUAUCACUGUCACAUCUAUUCUCCCUCCAUGUCACUGUCACAUCUAUUCUCCCUCCAUGUCACUGUCUCAUCUGUUCUCCCUCCAUAUCACUGUCUCAUCUGUUCUCUCUCCAUGUCAUUGUCACAUCUAUUCUCCCUCCAUAUCACUGUCACAUCUAUUCUCCCUCCAUGUCACUGUCACAUCUAUUCUCCCUCCAUGUCACAUCUAUGCUCCCUCCAUGUCACUCACAUCUAUUCUCUCUCCAUGUCACUGUCACAUCUAUUCUCCCUCCAUGUCACUGUCACAUCUAUUCUCUCUCCAUGUCACUGUCACAUCUAUUCUCCCUCCAUGUCACUGUCUCAUCUGUUCUCCCUCCAUAUCACUGUCACAUCUAUUCUCCCUCCAUAUCACUGUCACAUCUAUUCUCCCUCCAUGUCACAUCUAUUCUCCCUCCAUGUCACUGUCUCAUCUAUUCUCCCUCCAUAUCACUGUCUCAUCUGUUCUCUCUCCAUGUCAUUGUCACAUCUAUUCUCCCUCCAUAUCACUGUCACAUCUAUUCUCCCUCCAUAUCACUGUCACAUCUAUUCUCCCUCCAUGUCACUGUCACAUCUAUUCUCCCUCCAUGUCACAUCUAUUCUCCCUCCAUAUCACUGUCACAUCUGUUCUCCCUCCAUGUCACUGUCACAUCUAUUCUCUCUCCAUGUCACUGUCACAUCUAAUCUCCCUCCAUGUCACUGUCACAUCUAUCUAUCCUUCUAAAUAAACUCUAGGCAUUUACCUAUGUGUUUGUGUCACCUGGUGAUUGGUCACAAUGAGUGAU